GCUAUGGAUCUCUCCGGUCAGAAAUUGACGCAACAAAUCUUAUCCCAUCCAUUUCUUCUAUUGCUGUUGAUUUCUUCUGCCGAUGUCUGUAUCGGUUCGCUGUCGAUCGAUCGCACGACUCUCUUUUCCCGCGUUGCCAAACAGAAAUGUCUCUCCCCACCCAUUAUUAUGUGAAAAUCAAGCGGAACGCGUGCGUGUGCGCGCGCGGAUAUUUCACGUACACCGGCGUGUCCGCUUGUUUAGCUGUUCUAAGUGGGCGCCCGUAUUGUUCCACGACUAUAUAAGGUGUACCACGGUCCGUUCGACCAGCAGAAAAGCAUCAGGUCGUGGAUCAUGGCUAACAUGAGGCUCCUCCUUCCUUUCUCGUGUCUCGUCCUCUCGGCGUCCGCCAUUCCAGGCUACACAGCCUACGGGGCAGCGUACCACGGUCCUCCAGCACCCCUGGCUCACGACGGAAGGGUGGUCGACACAGCGGAAGUGGCUCACGCCAAGGCAGCUCACCUAGCAGCUCACGCAGCCGAAGCUGCCAAAGCUGCUCCACUCGGCUACGGCGAUUAUUCUGAUGGAAAAUACGAAGACUACAGCGGCAACUACGUAGCCGCGGCUCAGAACAUCUACCACGGUCCGCCCGCACCCUUGGCUCACGACGGAAGAGUAAUCGAUACACCGGAAGUGGCGCACGCCAAGGCUGCGCACUUGGCAGCUCACGCUGAACAAAUUUCGAAGAUCGCUCACCUCGCUUACGCUGACCCUUAUCCGCAGCCACAUUGGUGAUAAUGGAAAAUGAGUCGCUAUAAUCGGCGCCACUGAUGACAGAAUUGUUGAAAUUUCGCGGAAAAACAGCAAGGGAUGGGAGAAAUUUGAGAAUGAGGGAAAAUUGUAAAAUAUUUGUAAUAUGUCAUUUUUCUGACGGAGUUGUGGAUUAAUUGGUAUUUCUGGGUUUUACUUUACACUCUGUUGUCGGUGUGCAUUUUUGGGAGUUUUGUCGAUGGAAUUGUUUAUAAUAGUCCAAUUUUUGUAAUCUUGUAAAGGGGUUGUGUAUCGUAUAAUGGAAGGGAGGGUUCUUUUGUAAGGUAGAUGUAGAUCGUGCAUUGCAAGGAGGAUGUUUUGUUAUGUUGGUGAAAUAUUUUCAUUAAAGAUUGCAAGUA